UUGAGAGUCAUCAGGUGAUCAAUCAUCCUAUACUGACUGCGUCAUUCUCUUCAUUUCUAAAUCCGUCGCGUCACGCGUCGCAUACUCUCUAAAGGGGUCAGACUAUUCUAGGCGCUAAUUUAUUGCUCUGCUAUUUGUUUGCAGAGGUUUCCCGAACCGAAACGUACACGUGAGAUUAAAUAAGGACAAUGUCUACCACACCUAGAUCAUUAUCGCCGGUGAAGGCGCCUUCGCAAAAUGGGAUAGCACCGGAUCAAUCCAUGAUGGUAGAGUUGCCGACUCAUUUGGGUGACGAAACUGAGAUUAUUGAGCCGCAUGAAGAGGAUGUUACAGUGAGACUGCAUUCACAAACACAAUCACAGCCACAGUCACCCCCACUGGCUCAAGGUCUAAAAAUUGAGCAGAGCCAGGAAAUCUCUUUGCUCAGGAACCUAGCGAUGCAACGUCAGCGACGGACACAGACUCCCGAUCCGCAAAAUCGACGUAGCAAUAGGUCUGAGAUGCAGAGUCCGGGCCACCUUGCCGCGUUUGAUUGGGAGGACUUUGAAGACCGCUAUGAGAAAGCUUUACAAGAGGCGGACGAGCAAGAGAAACAGCUGUUAGAGGAAUUUGACAACUUAGUCAAGUACUUCAAUGUGUGGGCGUCGGCUUCAUCUACGCAUGAUAACGAGAGAGCUGUUAAGAGAUUACAAACUCGUGAGAGACACGUACGCCUUUCCGAGCAGACACUCUUGCAAAAGAAGCAGCAUCUUUCCGAGGUUGUGAAAGCCUUCCAGAGUGCUCUGGCACUUUUGAGCACCACUUAAUCGACACAUCACAUUCGGUACCCUUCUAACACUUCUCUUCGUCAGGUCUUAGGUCAAUGAGGAGACACUAAAAUUCAUAUCUUCCUCUUAAAAAAGACCUAUGAGGGAUAUGG